AUGGCGUCGCGUUUCUUCUACGGCAGCGACAGCGAGUCCAGCUCCUCCGGCGAGGAGGAGGAUGUUUACGACCACUCCGAGGAGGAAGGCAGCGAAGCCGAGGGUUCUAGCGAUGAUUCUUCCGACUCUGGUUCCGACUCCGAUGAGUCUGACGACGGCAAGACCGGUAUCAACAAGUUCUUGAGGGAUGCUUCCGACAGCGAGGAGAGCGAGGAUGAGGAGAAGGUCACAGUUGUCAAGAGUGCCAAGGACAAGCGAUUGGAGGGUCUGGAAAACACGAUCAAGUUGAUCGAGAACGCUCAGAAGAUCGGUGACUGGUCUGUCAUCUCGACUGAGUUCGACAACCUUAACAAAAUGAUCAUCAAGGUCAACCAGUCCGGCCCGACCCCUAAAGUUUACGUCAAGGCCGUUGCCGACCUCGAGGACUUUGUCAACGAGACCACCAGCAAGCAGAAGUCCUCCAACAAGAAGAUGAACGCUAGCAGCCAGAAGAGCCUGAACGCCGUCAAGCAGCGUAUCAAGAAGAACAACAAGGAAUAUGCUGCCCAGAUCGAGAAGUAUCGCGCCGCCAAGGACGACUUCAUGGCCAGCGAGGAGGAGGUUGAGAAACCCGCUCCCACCCCCGCCCCCAAGCCCACCAGGAUCGAGAAAAUCGAAAACUUCGCUGCUGCCGCUGCCGCCGGCGACGAUGACGGUUUCGCUACCGUCGGCCGUGGUGGCAAGACUCUUCAGUACACCCCCGAGAGCAUCCUCAAGCACCUCCGCGUCAUUGUUGAGUCCCGAGGAAAGAAGAACACCGACCGUUUGGAUCAGAUCCGCACCAUGGAGAAGCUCCUCGAGGUGGCCAACACCCCGUAUCAGCGCAUCCGUGUCUACCUGACCCUUAUCUCUACUCGUUUCGACCUGACCUCGGCCUCCGCCAAUUAUAUGAGCCCCGAUCAGUGGAAGCACGCUGACCGCGAAUUCGGCACUCUUUUGUCUGUUCUGGAGGAGCACCGCAACUUCAUUAUCUCUGAGACUGCCGAUGAAUGGGAGGAUGAUGAGAAGCUCCCCACUGUCGCUGAUGGCGAGACCUUCUACAUUCCUGGCAGCAUCGUGUCCUACAUCGAGCGUCUGGAUGACGAGCUUACUCGCUCCUUGCAGCAGAUCGACCCCCACACUGCUGAGUACAUCGAGCGCCUGAGUGACGAGCAGCAGCUGUACAACAACAUUGUUCGCACCCAGCUCUAUGCCGAGAGCCUGAUCGCCGAUGAUAAGAACGACGCUCGUCAGGACAAUGUCAACCGCGUUGUCAUCCGUCGGUUGGAGCACGUCUACUUCAAGCCAUCCCAGGUUGUCUCCAUUCUCGAGGACGCCACAUGGAAGGCUCUUCCCGAGCACCUUGACUCAACCAUCACUUCCCGCAAGAAUGCUGGAGACGUGGCCCACCUCCUCCAGACCCUCACCAACUACCUGUUCCAGCACAGCGACGGCAUCAUUCGUGCCCGUUCCAUGCUGUGCCAGAUCUACUUCCUUGCCCUGCACGACCAAUACUACCGCUCUCGUGACCUGAUGCUCAUGUCGCACUUGUCCGAGAACAUCUCCAACUUCGACGUCAGCACCCAGAUCCUCUUCAACCGCACUCUUGUCCAGAUCGGUCUGUGCGCCUUCCGCGCCGGUCUUAUUUACGAGGCCCAGACUACCCUCGGUGAGAUCUGCGGCAGUGGCCGCCAAAAGGAGCUGCUUGCUCAGGGCAUCAUUCUCCAGCGUUAUUCCACUGUCUCCCCCGAGCAGGAGCGUCUGGAGCGCCAGCGCCAGCUGCCCUUCCACAUGCACAUCAACCUCGAGUUGCUUGAGUGCAUUUACCUGACUUCUAGCAUGUUCCUCGAGGUUCCUCUCAUGGCCCAAACCUCUUCUUCCCCCGAGAUGCGCCGUCGCAUGAUCUCCAAGACCUUCCGCCGCAUGCUUGACUACAACGAGCGCCAGGUGUUCACCGGACCCCCCGAGAAUACCCGCGAUGGAGUGAUCAUGUCCGCCAAGUUCCUCGCCGCCGGAGACUGGAAGAAGGCCGCCGACAUGCUGGCAUCUAUCAAGAUCUGGGAUCUGAUGCCGCAACCCGAGAAGAUCAAGGAGAUGCUCUCUGCCCAGACCCAGGAGGAGGGCCUGCGCACCUACCUCUUCACCUACGCCCCCUUCUACGACAGCCUCUCCAUCUCCUCCCUCGCCGACAUGUUUGAGCUGCCCGUUAAGAAGAUUGCCGCUAUCAUUAGCCGCAUGAUCUCCCACGAGGAGCUUGGCGCCGCCCUCGACCAGGUCAACGACGCCAUUGUCUUCCGCAAGGGCGUCGAGCUCUCCCGCCUGCAGUCCCAGAUCGUCACCCUGGCCGACAAGUCCAUGUCUCUUCUCGAGUCCAACGAGAAGACUCUGGAGCAGCGUACCCAGGGUAUGGCCAACGCAUUCCAGCGCGAGUCUGGCCCUGGUGCCCGCGGUGGCCGUGGUGGUGGCCGUGGAGGUGCUCGUGGAGGUGGCCGGGGAGGUGCCCGUGGUGGUGCCCGCAUCCCUGGCGGUCAGCAGUUCGGUGGUGGUGCAUUGGGCGGUGCGAUUAAGGCUUAA